CUUAUUACUCGCCUAGAAAUGGGAGCCGCGAACGGUGAUGUAAUGCAAAUGGUGAAAGGCAAUUGAGAAUUCAGCUACCACAGAGCUUGCUCGCACAAACGGCUUAGAUUCGAUAGCCUCCCGUCAAUUAGAGUAAACGUAACGGUAACCAGCUCGCUUUUUGUCAAAGCAAGGAAUUCUUUUUCGGGAUACCACAAAAUAAAAAGAGAAAUACUCAAAUAUAUAAACAUACUUACAUACAUAUGUACUCGUAUAUGCAUACAUAUAUUUUCAUUUGGCAAACACAAUGAUAGAAAGAUGCUUAUGAGCGCUUGAAUUUUCGGUGAAUGAGGAGCGAAGAGGCGUGAAAUGUGAUGCGUUAAAAAUAAUUCAUUUAAUUCGGUGUAAUGGUAUGUGCAUCAGAAUGAAAAAGCCGUGGGAAAUAAACGAUUGCUAUAUAUACAAGUGUGACUGUAAUUGCCAGUAAUAACGUUAUUGCACCUACAUACUUAUAUUUAUAUAUAUAUUAAGGCUGUAAAAUAUACAGCUGUAAAGAUUCAAGCACAAAUAAGAAAAUGAGAAGAACAAAGAAUAAAAAGGUGCUGAUGCACGGACUUAUUUUGGUUACUAUUUUGGCGACUGCCAAAAGUGCUGAGGCGGAAAUUACCAUGGAAGCGGCUUUUCAAGGACGCUGUGGACACACAAGUCCAUGCGAACAGUUAUGUUACGAAAUCCAUGAUGGGAUGUACGAAUGCGAUUGUAUUGAAGGUUAUGAAUUGAAUAAAAAUGGAUAUAGCUGCCAGGUAAUUAACUCCACCGCAAACGUGGAUGGGCAUUCUAAAUCUGACGAGGAUGUGCUUUAUCAAAAAGGCGCUUUAUUUAGCGCAAAGCUCGGGUACGCGCCAUCGCCAUCAAUAGCAGAAGAGGUGGCGAAUAUGGAAGCUUCAGUACCAGCGUCGUCGGUCUCGUCGUCGAUAGAGGAAGAAGAUGACAAUUUUUUUUACGAUGAGACAAAACGCAACGAUCAGCAAGAAAAAGUCAAUUCAAACGAUUAUUACAUAUCAUCCGAAGACGUCUAUUUUAGCAAUGGCGAUGAUCAAGAGUUAACUAAUACUAGCCAAGAUGUACCUGAGUUAAAAGCAAAACUGACAGAACAGACGACACCGCGUCGUGUUGUCGUUACUGCCACAACUGUCGACCCCUUAGAAUCAUUAUCGAGCAAGAAAUCUAUACGCGUUCAUUUAAAGUCGGAAGUUGGACCAACGCAAACGAUCGAUAUUCAAAAGAAUGUAGUGAAUUUCCAUAGCAAUGCCAUUGAUCAUGAUGUGUUCGAAGGCCAGGCGAUUUAUAAAACAUCAAGACAAAUUACAUAUCAAGUUGAAAAAUCUUUGGAUACAGUAAAUCCUUCAAAUUCAAUGCCAAUAAAGAAUAAACAUCUCAAUCAAAGCAAAAGUGCACAACGGUCUGUCAUGGCUGGUGAUGGCAAACUGAGCACAUUGAAAUGGAACAAAUCUGCUCCUGCAAACGGUUUCGACAUUGGCCAUAUCUGUGACUUGAACUGUGGAGCAGAAGGGGUGUGUGAGCGUGUUGAUAGCAGCCUCAAAUGUGUUUGUCCCUUUGGCAAAAGUGGUAAUGGUUGCAUGGAAGAUAUCAAAAUCCGUACCCCGAAAUUUUCGAACCACUCGUGGUUGGCUUUUGCGGCCCUGAGAGGUGCUUAUAAACACGUCCAGAUACGAGUGGAAUUCAGACCAGAGUCUUUCGAUGGCAUUAUUCUGUUGAGCGGAGAGCGGGAUGAUCUUACUGGCGAUUUCAUGUCUCUUCUACUGAACAAGGGUUUCGUUGAAUUUUGGUUUGAUUGCGGAUCUGGCGUUGGCAACGUUCGAUCUCGAGAAACAAUAUUGCUGAAUGAAUGGAACUCCGUUAUAAUUUAUCGCCAUCGGUGGGAUGCGUGGUUGGUCCUGAACCAUGGAGCCAAAGUCCAAGGCCGCUCGAAUGGACUGUUUUCCCGUAUUACGUUCCGCGAACCCGUGUUUCUGGGCGGCACUGGCAAUAUCACUGGAUUGUCCAAUCGUUUGCCAGUGAGUAAUGGAUUUAUUGGAUGUAUACGACGGUUUGUGGCCAACGAACAUGAGUACAAAUUCGAAGAUCAUCCUUUAGGAGAUGUGACAAGAGGUUUCGACAUACAGGAUUGCGUAACUGACAAGUGCUUCACAUACCCAUGCCAACACGGUGGCAAAUGUUUGCCCUCCGACCAAGGUGCCGUUUGUCUCUGCCCCAUUGGAUUCGUAGGUGAUCUCUGUGAAAUACGAAUGGAUCUCCAGGUGCCAUCUUUCAACGGCUCAUCCUACCUUCGUUAUGCUCCACUCGGGGACAGUGCGCUCAUUUGGUUGGAAUUGAAGGUCAUAGUGAAGGCGGAACAACCCGAUGGCUUAAUAUUAUAUUCCGGUUCCGAGAAACAUGGUGAUUUCAUUGCCUUAUCACUGAGUAGAGGUUUUGCUGAGUUCACUUUUGAUCUUGGCAGCGGGCCCGCGAUUGUGAGGAGCGAGUAUCCUCUGACUAUUGGCCAAUGGCAUACUGUAAAAGUAUCACGGACGGCACGAUUGGCAGUUCUUAAGGUUGAUAAGCUUCCAGAAGUUAUGACUAUAUCAUCGAAUGGUUUCUGGCAUUUAUCUUUGCCCGAAAACGUAUUCUUGGGUGGAGUCAACCACGAAGAUAAACUUCCAUUGGAUUUGAAAUCGAAAGCCUUCUUCGUUGGUUGCAUUCAGAAGAUCGAUAUCAAUGGCCGCUCAUUGUCUAUUGUUUCGGAGGCAUUAGGGGGUAGCAACAUUGGGAAUUGUCCGCAUGCAUGCGUUGCAAGGCCCUGUGGUCCUCUCGCUGAAUGCGUACCCCAAAUGGAGAGUUACGAAUGUCGCUGCAACGCCCUUACCAGCAAAUGCAGUACAGCGGCCGAGGUACCAAUCAAAGAGUUACCAGAGAAGCAUACAAAGAAAACAAAUAAAGAAAACAUUAAAACUGUUAGAAGACAAAAUUCAUUACACAAGAGAUCGAAAGAGAGAGAUCAUUCCAAAACGAUUUCAGGGAAAAAAAAUUACACCAAAAAACUAAAAAGACAAUUUACGACAACGAAACCCUUCACUGAUCGUACAAUCCUUUCACAACUUGCCCAAAACGGGCACGACAGAAGGCGAAAAAGUGGUGUCACUGACACUGACGACGAUGAUAUAAUUUACCCCGAUAGUCGCCAUUUGGAUGAUAACUACUACAACAAUGUGGCGCCGCAUAAUUAUAAAAAGAAAAAUGAGCAAAAAAAAGUACCAAGAUCUCAGAAAAAUAAGUUGUUGUGGCUGAAAAGUGCGAACGAUUCCCAGGUCUAUGAUAAGAGUGACCGCUACCAAAAAGAUGUUUUUAACUUUAAAUUAAGUAAAUUACCAACACAUUAUGAAAGUUUCCAAACUAACCCAGAGAUAGACAUAUUGACAUUCGACGAGAAUGUUGAAGUAGAAAUUACUGAGGACCAAGAAAAGAAUUCGCAAAGCAUGGAAGCAAAAUAUGGAGGAAGUAACGAGGGCGAUAACUUGGACGAGGAUGUGCACAGAAGGUAUUUCGAUUGGAAAUACGAUGAGUAUGGUGGUGAUCGGGGGCAUUCACACGACGCUAUGAAUGAGGAAACGAAAUCCGAACCGUUUCUUGUGGAUGACACUUUAUUUGAUGCUAAAAACAGCGACGAGGAUUACCACCGAAAAGAGUUGGUUCAAGACAUGCGGCGUAUACUGGCGAAUGGACCGGAGAAUACACAUAUUAAGAAGGGCUUAAACUUAGUUGUAGAAGAAUAUGAUUACGAAAAUGAUGAUGGUAGCCAAGAAGAUGGUUCGAAAUUCAUCCUAAAUAGCAAAAGUCGAGGGACAAAAAACUGGACUGUACCAAUGGAAAUUGGUUCAGAAUUAAGAGAACACAGGAACUACAUUAUAGAACCAACAAGUGCUGCGGCUGAUGUGAAAGUAAUGUCUAUCAAAGAAAACAAAUCAUCCAACGUUUUCGAUACACAAACAGAUUGGAGCCUAUUGAAAAAGAUGCAGCUACCAGCAGACCAUAAAAGCGAACUUGUUGGCGUGCGAAAGAAUUUCGGUGCGUGCUUUGCCGGUAAAGACAGCUAUUUUCAUUACAACGACGCCGAAACUAUGAGCCAGGUCAUUAGUUAUAAUAUAGACUUAAAUUUACGCAUCAAAACCCAUUCAGAGAAUGGAGUUAUCCUGUGGACUGGUCGCCAGGGUGCUACCGAAGAAAAUGCAGAUUUCUUAUCUUUGGGAAUUGAAAAUGGUCAUCUGCACUUUCGCUACGAUUUGGGUUCCGGAGAAGUUGACAUCAAAUUUAACACAAGCCGAGUAAGCGACGGUCUAUGGCAUAGGGUUCGUGCUUUUAGAGACUCACAAACCGGCUAUUUGGAAAUUGACGGCAGAAAAACAUCAACUCGAAAAGCACCUGGUAAAUUGAAACAGUUGAAUACGGAUACAGGACUAUAUGUUGGUGGGAUACCGGAUGAGAUUUAUUUUACACGACGAAAAUAUUUAAAUGGCAUCGUUGGCUGCAUUUCGGAGAUUGUUUUGGCCGGAGAGUUGAAAUUGAAUUUUGAUCCUAACACGCUGGGGACGGCACACAAUGUGGAAACGGGAUUGCUUUGAAAUGCCGUAACAAAUACGUAUCAACAACCUUCAAUACUCCUAACAUUUGUUUAAUAUACUAUUGCGUUUGUACAAAGAAAUGGUUUAAUAUUUUAUAAAAAAAAAAUGUCUAAAUUAGUUGAAAUUAGAUUGUAGCUAAUAUGUAUACAUAUAUAC